AUGUGCAGAUCCAAGAAAAACGAUUCCAACUACAACGAAGACCUUGAAAAGGUUGUUUCCAAUGUCAAUGACCUCAAGACCAACUUGGGUUCUUUGGCGUCUUCUUUUUUUGCUGAAGAUGGUCCUUUCACUGAAUGGCAAGAUCGGGCAAAAUCGUUAUCAUCAGGUGUGAUGGAUGAAGCGUGGAAACUGGUCAAUGAAGUCAAGGGCGAAGUACAGAGUCUCUUGGAUGAUGACGCGUUUUUCCCUAAGCCUUAUCAGACAAGACUGGGAAAACAAGAAACAAUUGAUAGGGUGUCUAAUAAUGACUCUAGAUGGGGUACAUGGGGCGGCUGGCAAUCGAGAUGGCGCGGUCAAACCCCAUUCGGGUUCUACUCGUAUCAAGCUCCAUCGUCCAGGUCCUACCACGAGUGUUUACAGAAGAAUGGAGAAACGGUAUGGGACUCCGAAGGGUAUUGGAGGUGCUUGUUCCCCAAUGCCGAAGUGCCUAAUCUGAUUCUUGCGAAGAAGGAUUCUAAUCAAAUUUUGACCAAGGAAGACUUUAAUAAUGCUGCUGCACAUGCCAACGUUCAGGAUGGCGUGUAUGAUUUGGGUGCAAAAGGCACAUACUUUAAGCAGUUUACAGACUACCUCAAUUGGAAGGAAGCGAUGUAUGAGAAUGUGAGACGAGAGAAAGAGAACCGGUGGAACAAGUUGAAGGACCUGAACCAGCUGUGGCACGAGCUGUGGCACGAGAAGCAUCACAAACGCGAUUUCUCUCAUAAGCUGUUGCACGAACGGUGGCACGAGAAACAUGAUCUGCCUCAAGAGUCUCCAGAACAGGUGGAAAAAUCUGAGCCACAAGAUUUGGGAAUCGUGUCGUACUCGGUUCUGAAUGUUUUCAAUUCCAGCAAUGAAGGAAACUUCUUGUCGGAGACCCGUACUGAGCGUUUUAAGGACGGUUCCACUCGCACCACAACCACCACUAAGCGUAAGCCCGUGGAUUCGCUGGACUGGAUUACGGUAGAGGAUAAGACCGAUUUUAAUGGAAACGAUAUGAACAGUCUCGCGGCUCAGAACGACAAUCAAAGCAGAAACGGCUGGUUCUGGCGCAAGUGA